GGUCUGUUUAUGCACCUCUAGAUAUAAUCCAACCUAAUGAUAGUAUACUAUCCAUUACUUGCUAAACAAUUAAACCUCCAUUCCUCUCUUUUCCUCUGUAUUUCAAGAAAAUUAAUGGCGCCAUCAUCAUCAUCAUCAUCAUCCUCAACACAAUUCAUCGACACCGCACUUUCUUCAACAACUUCUCCUUAUGCACUAUCUUACCCUAGCCCUAAACAAAAAUGGAUCAUCAGAAAACACCUUAUUUCACUUAUAAACAACUACCCAACUUUCAGACCUUCCACUGAUAAAUUCACCCACAACGACGGCACCGUCGUCAACAUUCUCAACGCCGCCGGAAACCUCACUGUCUCCGUCGCCGGUUGUGAGAAAUACACCCCUCCUGUGCCUCUCACCAUUUGGGUAAACGAAAAUUACCCUUACACCCCUCCUAUUGUUUACGUCUCACCGAAUAAUUCAAUCUCUCCGGUUCACCGGAAUCACCCGUUUGUCGACCCGUUUUCCGGGUUUACUUCAACUCCUUAUCUCCAAUCUUGGGUUUUCCCUCGUUGUAAUUUAACCGAACUUGUUCAUAAUCUUGUCAAAAUAUUCUCCCAUGAUCACCCUUUUUUUAGUAGCGGAAAUAUUAGUUGCUCACCAGGUGUUUGCGGUAAUGUCUCAAAGAUGGAGGCUCUCGAUCGCCUUUCGGGCAUGAUUCAUUACGAUUUGAUCACGUUAAACUCCAAGUUCGAAUAUGAAUUUGAGAGAUUAUCGUCGUUAAAGAUGGAAUUGAUGAAUCGAAACGAAACUACACGAAACGCGAUCAUUAAUCUUGAGCAAGAAAGAUUGAGCUUGAAGAAGAGAGUGAUGAGUUUGAUGGAGCAAAGUGAUGUGGUGAUGAAUUGGGUGAGAGUUAACAAUGGUGUGGGGAUUGGUGAAGGUGAUGAGGUGGCAAUGGAUGAUGGGUUUGAUGGUGAGGAUGAGGAGUCAAGAUUGGUGAUUGAGAGAUUGGGAUUGGAUAGGGGGAUUGAGGAUUUGAUGGAUGCUUUGGAGAAGGGAUUGGAGGAAGGAGUAGUGAGUGUUGAUGCUUAUAUUAGGCAAAUUAGAGGUUUGGGUAGAGAGCAGUUUGUGCAUAGAAGGGUGCUUCUUGAAGUAAAAGGUCCUGAGUUGUUUCUUUUGCCUUAUUGAUGUGAAAUGAAGUGUUGGUUCUUCAAUUGAGGAUGAUUUUGGCAAAAGGUGAAAGGAUCUUUUCAAUGUAUAGUUUUUCUUUGCUUUUUGUUAUGAGAAUAUGGGUGUAGCUAGGGUGUACAAAUGGGGGUGUCAAAACGAGUCGAGAGAUAUUUGUGUCGUAUCGAUUCAAUAUGAUUAAAGUCAAUACGAACACGAUUCGUUUACUUAUAAUAUCAAUACGAACACAACAGAAAAAUUAAUGAA